CCCCCGUUGACUUGAUUGAGUUUGGGCUUGGUCACAUCGAGGAGGCUUUGUCAACUGCCUAUUUAGUAUUUGUUUCAUCAGCUUCUUCCGCCUAGCUAGCUAGUACAGUAGUGAUCUGGCUUGGAGCCGCUGUCUCUUGUUGACAACCAGCUUCGGAAUGGUCGUCGUACCUGAUACUGUGUCACCGACCGAGAAACCUUGGGGAGCCUUCGCUUCUCAAGUUCACACGAAUGACCCAGCCACUCCAGUACUACCACAACCACCAUCAUCGUAAGCGUAGCAUUCCAGGCAAUUCCGCUGCUACCUGAUCCUCCUGGAUCCAUCAGCUGGUCAUCCUGGCUUGUAGCUAGCUGGUUGUCGAGGCUAUGUGAUGGCACCGCUAGCGCCCUACUAGCCUUGAAGUUCCCGUGAGCAAACAAACCAGUCAAGAUGUAUCAUCUGUCCACACAUGACUGGUGGCAAUUGCCACUUCAAGAAGGACCAUUCCGAAGCAUGGGUUACCCUCACAAUGUUGGACUUGCUUGGUUCUUUACCAAAAGAGUAAGGGAUACAUCCAGCAACAAAGUUAUGGAUCCUCCAGGGACAAGAGCCGAGAAUUUUUUGGCCGACGGCAGAAGGUCAUCUCGUCGUCUCAAAGACUCGGAUACUGUUGUGGCUACCGGCGCUGUUGGAAUGGCUCCCUCAUCAGCACACCAGAACCAUGAAGACGACCACCAACAGGCAAAGAUCUUGAAAAGGGCGAACAAAUGGAAUAGAACUGGACAUAUUCUCCGGGCACAGGGCAAGUACAAGGAUGCCUUCAAACUCCAUGCGGGGGCCCUGAGUUUGUGCCUUUCGACAGUUGGCAAAAACCAUCAAGACACCGCCACGUGUUACAAUGAUAUGGGAGCAAAAGCACUGAGCAUGGGUGACGCCAAAGGGGCGCUGGAGUGCCUUGAGAAAUGUCUUGCCAUCCGUGAACAUGUCUUGUUCAAAGAUCAUCCUGCCUGGGCAUCAGUGUACAACAAUCUGGGGGUUGCCCUGUCCCAUUUGGGCCACACCAAACACAGCCUGGAAUUCCAUCAAAGAUGUCUAGCAAUCCGUGAGCUACAAGGCAAGCACCGUCUCUCCACUGCCACUUCCUACAACAAUGUGGGCCUUGCCCUCAAGGACUGCAAAGAUCUGGAAGGUGCUUUGGAGUCUGGAAAAGGCCAGGGCCAUCCAUGAGGCCAAGCUUGACCCGUAUCACCAUCAGAAUGCUGCAUCAAACUACAACAUUGGAACUGUACUAAUUGGCGACUUUGGUGGUGCGAUUGAAAUGUUCUCAAAGAGCU